GCGCGUUGGGCAGCGAGGGAGGGCGCGGCCAACUCCCGGGGGGACGGCGGGCCGAGGGAUCCGCGACCCGGCCUGGCGCCGAGCCUGAGCCCGCCGGACGGGAGGCGGCCCAGCCGCGGGCUCGGCCCCGGCCCCGGCCCCGCCAGCAUGGCCGGCCGCACCGUGCGGGCCGAGACCCGGAGCCGGGCCAAGGAUGACAUCAAGAAGGUGAUGGCGACCAUCGAGAAGGUCCGGAGAUGGGAGAAGCGCUGGGUGACUGUGGGCGACACGUCCCUUCGUAUCUUCAAGUGGGUGCCAGUGGUGGACCCCCAGGAGGAGGAGCGACGGAGGGCAGGUGGCGGGGCAGAGAGAUCCCGAGGCCGGGAGCGUCGGGGUAGGGGUGCCAGCCCAAGAGGGGGUGGCCCUCUCAUCCUGCUUGAUCUCAAUGAUCCCGGGAGCAUUCCUGCAGGCGGCACCGACGAGCCCCCAAUGCUGACCAAGGAGGAGCCGGUCCCAGAGCUGCUGGAGGCUGAGGCCCCCGAAGCUUUCCCUGUCUUUGAGCCAGUGCCACCUGUCCCCGAGGCAGCCCAGGGUGACACCGAGGACUCGGAGGGCGCCCCCCCACUCAAGCGCAUCUGCCCAAAUGCCCCCGACCCCUGAGAGCUGGUCUGUCUUUCCUGUUGCCUAGGGGCCCCUUGGAUUUUUUACGAAUAAAGACCUUUUUGUAA